GCCUGAAAAACAAUAAAUUAAACCCUGACUCACUUAAGACAGCUCGGAAAUGCCAUAUCUUACCAUACAUAUAAUACGCUGACAACCGUGGUUAUGGGAAAUCUUGAUUAUUGUGCCAAAUCGUGGGCCUACCCCCGAUGACAUUCAAUCAGUCAUUCCAGUGCCAGCCAAUGAGAUGUGGAGAGGGCUGGAGGAGGACGGAGCAGCCAGACUGAGCGUUUUGACGCGCUGAGAGCAGCACGGAGCGUCACAUCUCUCCAAACGCCCAUCAAACUUUCACCACAGCCGCCAAAGAGGAGCCAGUCCUCUGGAAGAGGCCUGCCACAGACAGCGAGGAACACGCCGGACACUGGAUUUGCGGGUGGACGGCGAUGGGGACACUUCUGAUAAUGACUUUUGGUGCAGUUUGACCCUCCUGAAUCCCCCCCCCUGAGCAUUCCUUGUUCAGCUUUUCUCGUCCUUUUAUCUACUGAGCGAGGGAUGGAGCAAGCACCCAGCGCGCCGAGCCCUCCUCCGAAGCCAUCCCACCACGAGCCCAUCAGCUUCGGCAUCGACCAGAUUCUGGGGGCUGGUUCGGAGCCGGAGAGCGGACGCAGACAGGGCGGGCCGGACCCGGGCAGCGGGGAGGCUUACUACAGCCUGGGAAGCCCCACCGGGGCCAGCGCGCCCUCCUACACCGCGCUGUCCAUCUCGCUGUCCGGCAUCAUGCCUCCGGUGGAGGCUGCGGGUUCGUACGGGGAGGGCAGGGCUCUGGGCAGCCGGGGAGUGAUCCGGGUCCCGGCGCACAGACCCGUGGCUGCCCCGGGACCCCCCACCCCGGUCCAGGGCGCCGUUCCGGGGUUUGGAGGGCUGUGCUUCCCUUGGAUAGGAAACAGGUUCGCCAAGGACAGAAUCUCAGCUGCUCUGGUUCCCUUCGCGGUUACGCGGCGGAUAGGGCACCCGUACCAGAACCGGACUCCCCCCAAACGGAAAAAACCCCGGACUUCCUUUUCCCGAGUUCAGAUCUGUGAGCUGGAGAAGCGCUUCCACCGGCAGAAGUACCUGGCCAGCGCCGAGCGCGCCGCCCUGGCCAAGAGCCUGAAGAUGACCGACGCACAGGUCAAGACCUGGUUCCAGAACCGCAGGACCAAGUGGAGGAGGCAGACGGCGGAGGAGCGGGAGGCGGAGCGUCAGCAGGCCAACCGCCUGAUCCUGCAGCUGCAGCAGUCCGCCCUGCACAAAACCCUCAGCGAAUCAGCCGCCGCAGACCCGCUGUGCGCGCACAACUCCUCCCUGUACGCGCUGCAGAACCUCCAGCCCUGGGCCGAGGACCGGGAGUGAGGAGGACCACGGUAGAUCCAUAUAAAGAGCACAGUGGGAAUUACUUUUAAAAAAAACAGAGAGAGACAGAGAUAGAACAUAACGUCCCCAGAAAAAAGAAAACUGAUGUUCGGUCACACCUAUUUGAUCCGAUGAUUUUGGAAGUGGACAGGAGACUCUGGUGAGUGUUUGAGGGACUUUGAUGGACUCUGUACGAGGAAACCGUUUGGAAAAUGUCUCCAAAUUGAAAACAAGCUGAAAAAGACUCGGCAUUAAAAAUCCACGUCACUGUUGUUCUCUCACGCUUGCACUUAUUCUGUUUAUUAGAAUAAGAAAGGGCGGAAAUGACCCUAACUGAAGGAUGUAAAGAAUUCUGCAAAGUUCAACACAAAUUUUCGUGUUUUAUGAAAGUGUUUUUCUCUCUGUUUUCCUUGUUUUGAAGCCGCACUCGGCCGGUUUUGUAAAUGAAGGGAGGACAACAUAGACAAAAUAAACAUAAAUAAAAGCAAUGCCUACACCUCGACACCUCUGCAGAGAACAUGAAGAAAAAAGCGUUUAUAAGUUUUCAUUUUAUACAUCUGCUAGGCUAAAUACAAAAUGUCUUAAAACUAGAAAAAUAUGUUUUCUUUUUAUUGAUUUGCUCUGGUGGUUAGAGAUUAAAAAAUAUCCAUGCACCACAAAAUCACCUACACACACAAAUGGUGCACCACAAAAUGUUUCCUCAAGUGUUGCAAUAUGGAGGGAAAAUGCUAUUUUGAGCAGUAAUAAAAGAAAAACAUGCAUCAGGCUCAGUGAGGUGAAGACAAAAUACCAGACAGGCUGUGAGUUGGGUAAUAAAACGAGUGAUGCAUGUUCAGUGAUGGUGGUGAUGUCUUCUCAUAUUCCCAUUGCUUUAUGUGUUGGUUUUUAGAUCAACACAGACACUCUUUUUGUACGUUCGCUGUACAUGUGUAAAUACAGGUAUAAAAUGUUGUUGUGACCCUCUUUGCCC